UUCCUGAACGCAGCAUCAUCAUCUUUCUUCAUCGUCUGCGGAGCAGCGCCAUUGUGUCUUCUUUAUUUCCCUGGUGAGCGUUACUAAAUUACCACUGCGCCUUCAUGGACGUGGAUCAGGAUCAGGAACAGGACCAGGUGCGCGUGGAGCUGCAACCUGCGGCGAACAAAGACGUCCCGCCGGGCCAAGCUGAGCAUCAGCACCAGCAGGCUGCAGAUGCUGAUGCGACGGAGGCCGAUGUGAGCGAGGUGGCUCUGGACCAGGAGGACCCUGGGGACCAGGAGGACCCGGCGGAACAGGAGGACCCGGCGGACCAGGAGGACCAGGAGAAACAACCCAUGACCACAGGAGGAGAUGCUGCUGAAACCGGCGAGGCUGUGGCCCCUGAGGGGGAGAAGAACGGCUUCGUGAAGGUGAAGAUGGAGGAGGAAGAGGAGAAGUUCACCGGUCUCAACAAGGAGGAGCUGCUGCGAGUGGCGGGAACACCUGGGUGGGUGCGCACACGCUGGGCGCUGCUGGUCCUGUUCUGGCUGGGCUGGUUCGGCAUGCUGGGCGGGGCGGUGCUCAUCAUCCUGCAGGCGCCGCGCUGCCGGGACUUGCCCACCACCUACUGGUGGAACCAGGGACCCCUCUACCAGGUGGCACGGGUGCAGUCCUUCACGGACGCCGGCAACUUCCAAGGCGUGCUCAGCAAGGUGGACGCCCUGUCUCGGCUCGGGGUCAAGAGUCUGGUGAUCGGCCCCGUGCAUGUGGCACCGCCGGACGACGCCAUGGGUCUGAGAUUUGAGGAGAUCUCGCCCGACGCCGGCAGCUUAGAGCAGCUAAAGGAGCUGUUGCGCGCCACGCACAGGAAGGGCAUGAUGGUGGUUCUGGACCUGACACCAAACUACCAAGGAUCUACUGGCGCCUGGUUCUUCAACGGCACUGUGACUGUGGUCGCCGAGAAGCUGAAGUCUGCACUGGUGUUCUGGUUCGACCAAGGCGUGGACGGCGUGCAGCUGUCUGAGGUGGAGCGUGUGGCCGCCAUGGUUCCAUCCUUGUGGGCUGACAUCCGGGCCAUCGUCCAAAACGGGACCAACGAGCGUCCCACUAAGAGAGUUCUGAUUGGCGUGACUGAACGCCACUCGGCCCUCGACGUGUCCGACCUGCUGUCCUCCACAGGGGUGGACCUGCUGACGUCCAGGCUCCUCCUACCCUCGGACCCUGCCGAGUACGCCCAGUCCAUUUGGAGCUUAUACUCCGCCCAUGCUCAGAGCCGGCUGGCGUGGAAUGUGGGGGGGUGGGGCCAAGGGCAUAUGGCCUCACUGGUGGGCCCGGCACUGCUCCGACUGUACCAGGUCCUCUUGUUCACGCUGCCCGGCACACCUGUGUUCAACUAUGGUGAUGAGAUCGGCCUGACAGACCAGGACUCAACGUUUCCCAGAAUGCUUUGGGACUCAGACGAAGAACUUAACGGGACCCUGCAGGAGGAGCGAGAGCGCCGUACGUCUAGUCGCAGUUUCUUCCGCCGCCUGAGCGAGCUGCGUGUGAAAGAGCGCUCCCUGCUGGUGGGAGACUUGGUGCCGCUCUUCAACUCCUCGUCCUCGCUGGCAUACAUGCGCGUAUGGGACCAGAGCGUACGUUACCUAGUCGCCAUCAACUGGGCCGAGCAGGAGGCGGAGUUGGAGUUGAACCACCAGGCCCUGCCCCCGCAGACCAUGGCCGACGUGGUCCUCGCCACCAACGCGACGGCCGUUGACCGUGUGAACCCGGCCAGGCUGCGUGUGGGCGCCAGGGAGGCGCUGCUCCUCAAAUUUCCCUACGCUGGCUAGAACCAUUGUUGUCAUUGUUAGCGUGUUAGCGGUGUCAAAGUAACGGGAAAUAAACAUGUCCGCUGA